AUGGCUGACGCGGGUCAAUCAUCCAUCACUGUCGCUGUUCGAGUGCGCCCAUUCACGAUCAGAGAAGCUGCGCAGUUACAAAAAACAGAUGACAGCCCUGUGUUUCUCGGCGAUGGCUCCCUGGCUGGCGCCCCGGCUCCCAAACUCCACCAACGUGGCCUUCGCAGCGUGAUCAAGGUCGUUGAUGACCGCUGCCUUGUAUUCGAUCCCCCAGAGGACAGCCCCGUCCAGAGAUUCUCACGCUCCGUCGUGCCCACCUCGAAAAAGGUGAAGGACCAGGUAUUCGCCUUUGAUCGCGUUUUCGACGAGAACACCACGCAGUCGGACGUUUACGAAGGAACAACGAAAACCCUGCUCGACAGCGUCCUUGACGGGUACAAUGCCACUGUGUUUGCGUACGGAGCCACCGGCUGUGGAAAGACACAUACCAUUACAGGAACAGCGCAGCACCCUGGCAUCAUCUUCCUCACAAUGCAGGAGCUGUUCGAAAAGAUCGAAGAGCGUAGUCAGGACAAGUCAACCGAACUCAGUCUGAGCUACCUAGAGAUCUACAACGAGACGAUUCGGGAUCUUCUCGUACCAGGGGGAAGCACAGCAGGCCUAAUGCUCAGGGAGGACAGCAACCAGGCUGUGACGGUUUUCGGACUGACAAGCCACCACCCUAAAAACGUCCAGGAGGUCAUGGACAUGAUUAUCCAGGGCAACGAAUACCGAACCGUGUCUCCGACAGAGGCAAACGCCACCUCCUCGCGCUCCCAUGCCGUGUUGCAGAUCAAUGUGGCGCAAAAGGAUCGGAAUGCCGACGUCAACGAACCCCAUACCAUGGCAACCCUCAGCAUCAUUGACCUGGCCGGGUCUGAGCGCGCAUCAGUCACCAAAAACCGCGGCGUACGUCUGACCGAAGGCGCCAACAUCAACAAGUCUCUGCUGGCCCUCGGAUCCUGCAUCAACGCUCUGUGCGACAAGCGCCAGCGUGCCCAUGUGCCCUACCGAAACAGCAAGCUCACGCGCCUGCUCAAGUUUUCCCUCGGCGGCAACUGCAAGACGGUCAUGAUUGUCUGCGUGUCGCCGUCGAGCGCCCAUUUCGACGAGACGCAGAAUACGCUGCGCUACGCGAACAGGGCCAAGAACAUUCAAACCAAGGUUACCCGGAACGUUUUCAACGUCAAUCGGCAUGUCAAGGACUUCUUGGUCAAGAUUGACGAACAGAUGGCUCUCAUAAACGAGCUCAAGGCACAGCAAAAGGACGCGGAGAAGAUGUUCUUUGCCAAGUUCCGGAAGCAAUGCGACAAGCGCGAGUGCAUAGCCCGCGAGGGCGUCCAGCGGCUGCGAGCCGCCUACGAUCACUCCCAUGGAGAGCGCCAAGAACGAAUCACGUGGAUGAAGAAGCUGAAGGCCCUCGAGCGGCGCAUCGGCCUUCUUUCCGGGUGGCUGGCGGCAUUCGAUACCGUGUGUGACCAGAGAGGCGAUGAAGACUCCAUGCCCCAAAAUCUGUCGGUCGUUCGGAAGACGGCCCAAGGCAUCCUCGUGGAACUGGAAAGCAGCCGGCAACACAUUCACCAGAAGCUGGGAAAGACGAGCUGGGAACGAGCGAUUGAAACAGCACUUUCUCAUAGCCUACAACAACUCGACGGGCUGGAGGGCGCCGACACGGGGGAGAAGGCCAGCCUGACUCGUGAAGCCGAGCUUCUCAAAGUCAACUUUGGACGCGAAGCCUACCGAGAGGUUCUCGAACACGAAAGAGCUGGCGACGUCGCUAUGAUGCAAAUGCUCCUCACAGCUCAGUUUGACAUGCUGGCAUCCCUUUCCGAUACUCUGGCCAUGGAUGAAGAGAGCGCCGUUGCGCAUGCAAAGGAGAUUGUCCACAAGCUUCUCGACACGGGAUUCGCUGCGGCUGGGCAGGUGGUCAAGCCUGAGGGCCCGCUACCAGUCGUUGAAUUUGUGCCCCCGUCACGAAAGGGCACACCGAAGCGCAAGAAGGGCUUGGCAAGCUAUAUGAAGCCCCUAGCCCCGCCGGCACUGGCGGCUGUGCAAAAUGAGCACGCCUUUGCAAGCCCGAUGAAGUCGUCGCCGAGAAGAUGUAAGGUGUUUAGUGCGGCGAAGAAGGGCGUUUGCUUCACGCCGGUCAAAAAGGCCAAGAAGGCAGGGGUACGCUGGCGCGAUGACGAAAGCAUAGACGGAACCCUCGCCGACUUUGCGUCGACGCCUCAGCAAAUGGACGCCACACCGGACCCGUCGCGGACGAAGAAGGCGCGGGCGGCAUCAUCACCCGAGCUGUCGUGCCUGGCCGAAAAGGAGCCCACGGUUGAGAUGCCUGGCCCCGAGGUGGAAGCCGAAGACGCGAGUGACUUGGCAGACGACAGCAGCACAUUGUCCAUCAAGCCCAGCAGAUUCCAGGCAGGCUUCUUAUCCAAGAGUUCAAGGAUGUCCUCGGCGCAUUCUCAGAGCUCUCCCCUCCCGGUCCCGCCAACCUUUAGUCGAAGUCUGUCAUACGGCUCUCCGCAAACUGAGAGGCAAUCGCCCCUGCGCGCGCUGCUGGACGCUACCAAGUCGCAUAACGUGUCGCCGCCGUCGCUGCCGGUGCUGCGCAGCAGGCUGAGCCCCUCGCAGGCGUCGAAGCUUCGAACCAUUGCGGACGAGAACAACCCUCCGUCGCAGCAGGGGACUCCCAGCUCUUCCAGCUCCGACUCGGAUUCCAGCCUGAUUGAUGGCCGGAAGCUGCGCUGCGCCUUGCAGUCGGCCAAAGGGCGCCGACCCAGCGCGUUGGGGGGGCCAGCAUCGGGCUCCCUGGGAAGACGGGUGUCCUCGAUAGCCUCGCUGGCGGAACGCGUGACAACGGCACGGCCCAGCAUGCCGGCUGCCUUGGCCAGCAGCACCAACGGCAUCUCGCGAGCCCGGCGCGGCAGCCUUGAGCGCCGCAAGAGCCCGCCGCUGACGUGCUCGCCCGAGUUCAAGGGCGACCGAAACCUCACCGCCGGCCAAGCCAGACGGAUGAAUCUCGGGGGCAGCGUCCGGGUAGAGAAUGCGGGGGGCAGCAGCAGCCCAAAGAACGGCGUGAAGGAGGCUCCGCGACGCGUCACUAUUAGUGUCGGGUCGACGCCGGCUGGCCAACGGCGCCAAGAGGGUAGAGGAGCGACGUGGCGAUGA